UGCCUGCAAAGUAGAUUUGGUUAUCUACAUAGUACGCUAUCGGUGAUCUGUGUCUAUCCGGAACGUACCUAUCCAAGAUGUCAGAGCAGCAACCACGCCAACGCCGUCGCAAGGUGACGCUGGCCUGCGAACCUUGCCGGGAACGCAAGGCCCGUUGCGACGGGGUCAAGCCGCUCUGCUCAACAUGUCGGCGUCGACAACUAGGCAUUGAGCAGUGCAUCUACCAGGUGGGGAAUGCGCGGACGGCAUGUAGCGACGACUACACAAAAUCUCUCCACGACCGUAUUCGCCAGCUGGAGCAGGCUUGUACGGCGCAUGGUAUAAACCCUGACACGCUCCAGAAUGUACACGUGGACAGGCAGGUCUACACACAGAGUCAAACCGAGCUAGACGCUGUCGUCAUGGGAAUAUCACAGGGUCAAAUACUUACUCCAUUAUCAUCAUCUGCCAACGAGAGUAUCGAGAGUUCUACCAAUGCUAGGCGGGUCACUGCUAUGGGAACAACUACAUCCGAAGAGGGCAUCGCACAAUGUCGCGACACGAGUCAGGCUUUCUACGGUUCGUCUUCUGCUGCUUCUUUCUUGAAUGAGGCUUGCGGAACUGCGAGUCCACUCUUGGCUCGUCAGGCAUCCAGACACUCCCAGGCCGCUACUUUACAGAAUCCAUCUCUCUUUAACGGCAUGGAAAAGUUCGUCCUUCCUCCACGGGCCCUGGCAGAUCAUCUCAAAGAGAGAUACUUUAAACGGGCCUACUACCUGUAUCCCAUCUUCGACAAAGAUGCUUUCGAGCAUGCCUAUGAGUCGCUGUGGCUACCAAGUGGACGGGCCUCGACUGUCAAUGAAUAUCGACAUCUGGGUCUGGGGGAAGAUCCAACUUCAAUCGCAUUUCAUUCUUCACUUAAUGCCAUCUUCGCGCUUGGAUGUAUCUUCUCAGAUCUUUCUACGGCGGCGAGAGCUACUGCCUACGAACUCUUCUUCAGUCGAUCCAAGCAGAACAUUGGCCUCGAUUUGCUAGACUUGAACGACUUGAGCGUUGUCCAAACACUCCUCCUGGUAGCGCUUGUCUUGCAGGGCACUCCAUUCCCAGAUCGCUGUUGGAAUGCUGUUGGUAUGGCAUGUCGGGUGGCCCAAGGUCUUGGACUCCAUAGCAUACCGCCGUACGAUCAGCACGAGUCACGGCUAUGGCAGAUUCGGCGCCGGACAUGGUAUGGAUGUAUUGUUCUAGAUACUCUCGUGAGUAUGACAUUUGGACGGCCAACAAUGAUCACCAAUCUCUCUGCGCUUGCUGUACCGGAGAGCAUGACCUUUGAUGUCCAAAGUGUAGAGGGUAUUGCAAAGACCAAGCUGCAUUUUCAGAAUGAAUCUGUUCGUUUGAGUAUCAUCCUGGAUAGCAUGCUAUCAAAGGUGUACAAGCCCUGGCAAUGCAGGGUCCCUGACGACGGCCAGAAUCUUAUGUCUCAUACGAACACCGCCUGUCAGAGCAUGGAUAUUUUCGUUGAGCUGCACAGACGGCUUCAAGCCUUCGAGUCGAGUGUUCCCAGCUCUCUCUCGUGGACCAAACCCAUAACUAUGGAGUCCAUCUCGCCGGAGGAUGCUAAGAUCCUCGCCAUUCAGAGAAAUGUACUCCACGCACGUUUUAUAUAUCUACGUGUCAUGCUUUAUCGGCCAAUCUUGACUCAACUGCUAGCUUCUGACGCCUCGGAUGAUGCAGAUGAUGGCUUGCAUUCAUCCUUCAAGCGAGACGGAGCCAGAACAUGCGUCAACUCUGCGAUUCGACUGUUAAAUCUAGUUCAUGAUACCUUCCGUACAGAAAAAACUGGAGCGUGGUGGUGGAAUAGUCUAUAUGCCUGGACCGCUAGCCUCGUGCUCAUGACAUGUCGUCUAUGCCCCUCGCUGUGGGCUACUCUAGACCAUGUAGGAGUGGCCGAGUCAUGGGAGAAAUGCCACGCAGUUCUCGAGGCGCUCUCCUCCUUUAGCCUGUCUGUUCGGAAGUCGUUCGAUCUACUCUUGAAGAUGCAUCAGACCAUUACGAUAGGACAAGAAGACCACGGUUCAAAUGAAGACCCAGAACAGAACCCAGUGCACGAAUUAUUGGAUACAGUCCUGGAGGGAGAUCUAUCUCUCCAAGAUGCUUUAACUCUAUCUUUCCCAUUUGACUCUGAUACGAUGGGCUUCCAAUACUGGGAGGCAGUGAGUUUAGGGUGAUAGUUGAAGAGAAAUAGAUACAUAGUUCCUGGUCAAAAAGGCCGAUUUCGUCA